AUGAAUGCAUCUGCAAUAGCAUGCAAGUUGAUGAUUUACUUUAGUCAAAUAAUCGGACCAUGUGCUAUGACUUUUCUUUUUUUGGCAACAUUUGAUCGUUGGGCAUGUACAUCAAGAUCGGUUAAAAUACGUCAAUUAAGCUCAAUCAAUAUAGCUCGUCGUAUAUUUCCAAUUCCUUUUAUAUUUUGGUCAUUGGUCAGCAUACCUUAUCUUAUUUAUUGUGAUUUCAUUCCACCUUUUUUUACUUGUGGAUUUACAAAUAUUCUUUUUGCACAAAUUGCCAUUUCUUUUCUGGCUCCUAUAUUUUCUGUUAUUUUUCCUCUUAUCAUUUUAAUCAUAUUUAGUAUUCUUACAUAUCGAAAUCUUCAUCUUAUGACAAUUGCUAAUGCUCAACAACAAUCUGUUCGAACACGUUUAUCAAUAUGGGAACAACAAAUAACAAGAAUGAUGAUUAUUCAAACAGUGCUAAUUAUAUCAUGUACAAUGCCUCGAUGUAUUUUGAUGAUUUAUACAAUAGCAACAUUUAAUCAAAGUACAAUGAAAAGUUUAGAUCGAAUUUACAUUGAAAUUCUGCUUGAUCAAUUGACGGAAUGUAUAAUGGGCCUCGAUUUUGCUUCGUCAUUUUAUAUAUUUUGUCUUUCCUCAUCACGUUUUCGACAAACAAUCAAAACAUCUUUAAAAAGAUUUUUCAAAUUGGAAAAUAAUCAAGUUACUUUCAUCAACACCUCUCGUCCAACAGCAGCAUUAACUGUUACCAAAACUCAUGACAAACAAAAUUAA